UCCCCCGCCCUCGGGGUGACCGGCCUGGCGCUUUAUCCGCCGCGCCACCAGGCUUCAUCCUAAGCGCAACUCGAGCCCGCCGGCAAGUACCCCUGGAGGGAGGCUCGCAGGGCGCGCCUGCAGCAUGGGAGCUGCCCGGUGGGUUCGCACCCUGCUCCUGCCCGGUUACUUGCUGGUCCUUUGGAUGGGAGGCCACACAGGGGACACCACCCAUCCCCGGCUACGCCUGUCACAUAAAGAGCUCUUGGAUUUAAACAGAACAUCAAUCUUCCAUAGCCCUUUGGGAUUUCUGGAUCUCCAUACAAUGCUGUUGGAUGAGUAUCAGGAGCGGCUCUUCCUGGGAGGCAGGGACCUUGUGUACUCACUCAGCCUGGAGAGACUCACUGAUGGCUACAGAGAGAUACACUGGCCCAGUUCAGUGCUGAAAACAGAAGAAUGCAUAAUGAAAGGAAACGAUGCAAGUGACUGUGCAAACUUCGUGCGGGUUUUGCAUCACUAUAACCGAACACAUCUCCUGACCUGCGGCACUGGGGCCUUUGAGCCGCUCUGUGCCUUCAUCAGAGUUGGGAAUCACUUGGAGGAGCCCCUGUUCCACCUGGAAUCCCACAGAUCUGAGAGGGGAAGGGGCAGAUGUCCUUUUGACCCCAAUUCCUCCUUCAUCUCCACUCUAAUUGGUAAUGAAUUGUUUGCUGGGCUCUAUAGCGAUUACUGGGGCAGAGACGCUGCCAUUUUCCGGAGCUUGGGGCGGCUGAGCCACAUGCGCACGGAGCAUGACGAGGAGCGCCUGCUCAAAGAACCAAAAUUUGUAGGUUCGUAUAUGAUUCCUGACAAUGAAGAUCGUGAUGACAACAAACUGUAUUUCUUUUUCACUGAGAAGGCCUUGGAGGCAGAAAACAAUGCCCAAACCAUUUAUACCCGAGUGGGGAGACUGUGCGUGAAUGAUGUGGGAGGGCAGAGGAUACUGGUGAACAAAUGGAGCACUUUCCUGAAAGCAAGACUGAUUUGUUCAGUUCCAGGAAUGAAUGGAAUCGAUACAUAUUUUGAUGAAUUAGAGGAUAUCUUUUUGCUAUACACCAGAGACCCUAAGAACCCUGUGAUAUUUGGACUUUUUAACACUACCAGUAACAUCUUCCGAGGACAUGCUAUAUGUGUCUAUCAUAUGUCUAGUAUCCGGGCAGCGUUUAAUGGACCGUAUGCACAUAAGGAAGGACCUGAGUACCACUGGUCACUCUAUGAAGGGAAAGUCCCUUACCCAAGGCCUGGCUCUUGUGCCAGCAAAGUGAACGGAGGGCGGUAUGGAACCACCAAAGACUAUCCAGACGAUGCGAUCCGAUUUGCUAGAAGCCAUCCAUUAAUGUACCAACCCAUAAAACCUGCCCAUAAAAAACCCAUUUUAGUAAAAACAGAUGGAAAAUAUAACAUGAAACAAAUAGCAGUGGACCGAGUGGAAGCGGAGGAUGGCCAAUAUGAUGUCUUGUUUAUUGGGACCGACAAUGGAAUUGUAUUAAAAGUAAUAACAAUUUACAACCAAGAAACAGACUCAAUGGAAGAAGUAAUCUUAGAAGAACUACAGAUAUUCAAGGACCCAGUGCCUAUUAUUUCGAUGGAGAUUUCUUCAAAGAGACAACAGCUGUACGUUGGAGCUGAUUCUGCUGUGGCCCAAGUCAGAUUCCAUCAGUGUGACAUGUAUGGAAGUGCUUGUGCUGACUGCUGCCUGGCCCGAGACCCUUACUGUGCCUGGGAUGGCAUAUCCUGUUCCCAGUAUUACCCAACAAGCACCCAUACAAAAAGGCGGUUCCGCAGACAAGAUGUUCGCCAUGGAAAUGCAGCUCAGCAAUGCUUUGGACAGCAGUUUGUUGGGGACGCCUUGGACAAGACUGAGGAGCGGCUGGCCUAUGGCAUAGAGAACAACAGCACCCUGCUGGAAUGCACUCCACGGUCUCUGCAAGCCAAAGUCAUCUGGCUUGUUCAGAAGGGACGUGAAGCAAGAAAAGAUGAGGUGAAGACAGAUGACCGAGUGGUUAAGAUGGACCUGGGGUUACUCUUCCUAAGGAUACGCAAAACGGAUGCUGGGAUCUACAUCUGCCAGACCAUCGAGCACAGUUUUGUCCACACUGUCCGCAGAAUCACCCUGGAGGUGGUGGAAGAGGCGCGGGUGGAGGAAAUGUUCCACAAAGCCUUCGAGGAGGACGGGCCGCCCCCCAAGAUGCACUGCCCGGCACACAGCAGCGGCCCGCAGGGCGUCAGGCCGUGGUACAAGGAGUUCUUGCAGCUGAUUGGCUACAGCAACUUCCGGCGGGUGGAAGAGUACUGUGAGAAGGUGUGGUGCACCGAGAAGAGGAGGAAAAGGCUGAAGAUGUCCCCUUCCAAGUGGAAGUUCGCCAACGCCCCGGAAAGGAAGCUCCGUGCCAGGGCCGAGCACUAUCGCCCGCCCAGGCACACGAUGCUCUUCUAACGGGGGGAGGGGGCUUUGAAGAACUGCUCUUCGGAACCUUAGCACCUAGGGGAUGUCGUCCAACUUCUUCGCAUCACUUAAAGUAGGUUUCUGUAAUACAGAAACGACUGUCACCGUGCUAGGAUAAAUUAUUCUGCAUACUCAUUUGAAUGGUGAGGCAUCACGUCAAAUUAAUUUUUUUAAAACAAAUGUCUUACUUAAGUGGUUUCAUGUUAUAUUUAUCAAAAAUUACCAUGACUUUAAUUUGAGUACGUUGGCUGAUUUUCUAUGGCUAUUAUUAUUUUACACGUGAUAGACUCAAGCAUAUUAGCACAUUGAAAAAUAGAGAAUUUCAUAAUCACAGGGGAAAAUAGAGACUUUAAUAUAUCUGCAAAUGUCCUUUCACUAUAUUCUUACAAAAUAUCAAAUAAUUUAACGUUAUCUUGUGAACUCUCUGUACUUUUGAAAAGUUGUUGUAUUUUAAGCCUGGUGUUUUUACCUCUCAGGUGUGCUGUGUUUAUUGUAAAUCCUGAAAGGGAGAGUGUUGGUUCCCCCAAAGCUGCGCCCUUCAUGAAACCUUCACCGUGAGUUCAUUUCACAGACGAAAGUAGUCUUUUAAUGCUUCACGCCAUUGAGAAAGCCCGCAGCUGAGGUAACUUUCCACUAGCUUGUCAAAGCUUAUGGAAACGAGGAGUUACAGUUAGAACUAGAAGAUUUUUUGCUGCCCUCCUGUGGUAAAAAAUAUAUUCAUUCAUCUUUUUUGGCCUCCAGAAAGAGUUGAAAGCAAUUUCUGAGUCGAUAAUAUAUGUUUAGAGACAAAAUAAAAUGAAAAAAACAAAACAAAACAUAUAUAUUAAUGCUUAUGUCAUAUUAUAAAGUGUCAAUUAUAUUUAUAGUUAAGUUAUUAUCUCCUAAGCCAGCAAGGAAGAGAUUGUAGUGUUGAUCAAAACGUAACCUUUAAAGCCUUCAAAACAGGAUCUUUCCCAGGAAUCUAAAAGAUAGGCCAUAAAUAUUUUACUUUAGGAAAAAAAUAUUAAAUCAUUUUAUUCUUAGAAAUCAUUAUUUUACCUCUCUUUUAUAACAAUAAAUAAAACUAUUUCGUGAGUGUAUUUAACUCCAAACAUCGUUAGAUCGUUUUUACUUUGCUCUUACAGAUAUUACCAAAAGUUUUUAUUUUGUUUGUUACCUGAAGUCGUUCCUUUUCCUUCUUUAAAAUUGAACUGGUACCUUACUAAGAUAUAACAUUUUUAGAUAUUUUCAUUUAAAUUUUAAAACUAAAAAUGUGGAUUAUUCAUGAAGACAAUUAUAUUUAUAUUAAAUGGUAAUUUUAAAUAAUAUAUAGUACAAUUUUGAAAGUUAGAUUACAGGCUGCAUAAGUAAGAAAGUUAAAAUGUGAAUAACUCGUUGUAGCUUGCAGUUUUAUUCUAAAUUCCACAGGCACAUAAAUGGUUUAAGAAAGUUUAAAAAGUUCAUUCAGAUAAGACCCUAAAUUCCAGCAGACCUAUAGAAUACAAUAUAUAUUGAAUAUUAACAUGCUGUGAAAAACUCACUUUCUAUUUACUUAAAACAUCUACUAAUAUUUCUAACAACAUUAACUAAAAUCAACCUCAAAUGAAAGUCAUGUAAAAGAAAAAUCUGUAAUUAAUAUUUGUCCAAUCUGGAGAGAUACAGCAUAAACCUUGAUUACUUAGGGUCCUUAGCAAAGUUUAUGUCAAAAACACUCACAGUGAAUACACACACCAGUGAAACACAGUUCAUUCAGGAUAUUCUUCAUAUAACACAAGAGAAGGUAAAGCAGUCUGUUCUUCUGUGACUCAUAGACGCCAAUUUUGAAAGAGUAUAAGGCAGCUAUGGUAUAUGUCAUUGCCAUUUUAAUCUCAACAACACAUACAGUUAGUAAUAUAAUAAUUUUUGUUACUUUUGAACUAAAAUAUGAGGUAACAAGUGAAAAGGCUGAGGAAAAGAAAUUAUGACCUGAGCCUUAAGGAUGAAGCAUGCAUACAAACUGUUUAAAAUGAUGAUUGUUAACCUAAAAAUACAUAUUUUACAUUCUGGGGGAAAAAUACAGCCUCCAAAAGCUUAUGAAAAGUCUAUUUGGAAAGAAACCUCAUAAGAAAAUCUUGAAGACUCAGGUCCCCGAUUAAGAACCCAACCUUUUAUGUGUGUCUUACUGCUUCUUGUUCAUGUUAGUGGUUUGAAAUAACUGGGAAUGUCGAUGGAAAAGGAAGAACGGCUAGAACUCAAUCAAUAUCAUUUGCAGUAUUCAUUUUCAUUUCUCUUUCUUAGUCUUUCUGUAUCUCUCUUGAAACACACACAAAAACAAAUCGUUAUUUUCAUCCAAAAAUUCAGCAACCUAAGUUUCUCUGUCCUUAAGAAUCCAAAAUUACCACACGAGCAUGGCCCUGUCAUUUGUUCUGGUGGGAUUAGAAUAUACACUCAGAAUUUCCGUUAAGAAUGGUUUUGAAUUUCAGCAAAAGGAACAAGAAAAACUGAAUAGAUUGCUUCUCUCUACCUUCAACUCAGAAGUACCCAGUUACCUGAAAGACAUGGAAGGACUAAGAGUUCAUGUUCAACUCAACCACAUUGUCCUCAGACACAAACUCGGGACUGGAAGAAGCAUGCCUUCUAGCGACAACAUCUCACUUCUAGAGACACUUUUAUACAGAGUUCUCUUCUGGGUUGUUCUAUGUUACAGGAGAGGGCUUGUGAGAAGAACUGCCCUCUAUGUUAACUGAUCUAUGCCUCCUCUUCACCACUAAGUGGCCCAGUGAACAGCUGAGAGAGAUGGGGAUUUGUCUGCAAGGAGGUUUACACGAUGAAGGACUUGUUCUCGAUAUGCUUUUAUGAUGUCUCCUCUAUGUCUACCGUUCCACACCUUUUAUGUCCUUUCCUGGAUAUUCCCAUGCAAAGCAACCCACUUGGAGAAACUGGGACAAAAUGUAGAAAUGAACACUUGAUAAGCAAACAGGGAGCAGAAAGCCUUUCAUCAGUAAAUGGCAAUUCCAUAUAUAUAUAUAUAUUGUUUUCUUUCUAAGAUUAAACAUUUAGGAUGUUUUACUGAGUGUUUAAUAUGUGCUAUAGGGUGUAGGAUUUUAUAAAUCUUCAAAGUGAUUAUAAACACCUGUAAAAAUUGUAAAAUACAAUAAAUUGUUUUGAGUGUUGGUGUUAAGCAUGAAACAACACAGUAACUGUGGCCUUUAGACAUAAUUCACAUGGGAAAAUACUUCAUCCUGCUUACAUAUUUGAGAACCCAGGAGAAAGUGCCACAGUUGGGGUGACAAAUAGGAGUCCUUAUUUUGUUUUUGUUUUUUGCUAUUCUGUUUGUUUUUUUCUUGCCACAAAAUAUCACACUGGGUUACUUUUCUAUAAGAAAUACUUCAUUUUCCAGUCCAACAACUGUUUUAUUUGAAUCAGAUACAAUAGGCUUUCCACAAACACUCUUGAUUGUAGCAAUGUUAUUUAAGCUGAUUUGUGCCCCCCCCUACCAACACUCCACCCCACCCUUGGGUGGAUAGUUUUAUGUUUUUCAUUAUAAACUGAAUGUGUUAUGUUGGUGUUUAAAUAGUUUCGUUAUAAGCUAGAAAAAGACUACAUUGGAAUGCUCUUGUCUGUCUAGCCUCCUUUUGUUUGCUUGGCUGGGUCCAUAAAAGCAUGUGCAUAUUUCUUAUUUUCAAUGACUCUAAGCCAAGAGACUUCUUAUCAUCUGGUGGCAAACUACAAAGACCAUUUAUAAUGCGUAUCUUUGACUACGUAACCUGAAUCUGCCACUAUGCACUGCAAACAUUGUCUAUACUAGUAUGCACAACUUCAAUUUAGAUGAAAAAGAAAUAAAUAUUUGC